AUGUACGCCGCUCAGAAUAUAACGCCAACAGUUUUGGAUGCCAUGAAUGGAAAUGUUUCCGAAUGGUAUAACGAAUGCGACAAUGCCAUUAGAAGGUCAGAAAUAGUUCCUGGAACUUACGAAUAUACAACUGCUGUUUCUUAUGGAAACGUAGGUGAGUUUGGAGAAGGUUCUUCAACAACAGUAGAUAUUGCUUGCGACAGGUUUCAUAUAAUUUCUAUUGACAACUCAUUCUUAUACGUGGAACAAGACAUUGAAAUAAAACCUUCUGCCAAGUUGUCUGACAAGAAAGGUUGCAAUGGAAUUUUCUAUGUCGGAUACCAAUAUGCUCCAGAAGUUUUCAUGGGAUAUAAGAUAUAUUCUAACUCUGACUUAGUUCAAACAGUAACAUGGGCAAACUAUGAAUGGUUCGCUUUGAGAAACUCAGUACAACCACAAGCUAGAGAACAAACAGACCA